UGCCGUUGACCGUGUGUUGACGCUGCCAUAUGGCGGUGCCGUUGAUGAACUUCCAACGACACCGGGCAACGGUUUCUUUGCAUUUCCUUUGUAUCCCGUUGAUGAUCAUUCCAACGUUGCCGGGCAGCGGUUCUGCACCCAUUUCCUUUGUAUCCCGUCGAAUGGACAUUCUCGACGUUGCCGGGCAUCGGUUCUACAUUUCCUUUGUAUCCCGUUGAUGAUCAUUCCAACGAUGCCGCCGAGAUGCUGUUCCUCGAG